ACGGGAGGAUGGACACAGCGUGGAGGGGUGAGGGAGAGAGAGAGAGAGAGAAAGAGGAGAGAACGUUGGCGAAAAGAUACGCUUUCCUGAGCUGCUUGGAGAAGCGACACCAGGCUUGACACGGAGUGAUGACCGUGGCGCAGAGAGGCGCAGCAGAAGGGAAUAAAAAGAAGCACUAAAAGCGCGCAGAGGGGAGGGCGCUCAGCUUGGAUACCUGCGCGCGUCCGCUCCGGCCGCAGGUGCACCAAAUCCCUCUGACUGAAGACUUUUUUUCCUCCUCCUUCCGGAGAGGCAAGUGACAAAACAUUUUUUUUGGUAGGAUUACUGUGCUUUUGUCGCCUGGUCUUUUCUGAUCUCCGCUAAGGCAAACUUUGCCACAAACCAACUUCAUAUUUGCUUUUUCCACCCGGAGCUUUUCGGACUGUUCCAAAAAAAAAAAAAAAAAAAAAAAGGCGAAUCUGGAGAGCAGCGCAUCAGCCGGCGUCUCAAGUCAGCAAGAAGAAUUUCUUGAAACUCUGAACUUGUGUCUUGUGAUGUGUGUUUCGAGGAGGACAAUGUCUGGAUUAUUACAGCCGCAGCCCCGGAGGAACGGCGGAGAGUGAGGAGAGGAAAAAGACGCAAAGAGAAGAACCCGCGGCAGCUUUGCACUGCCGUCCUCCAGUUCGCCCGCGCUCUCCCACCCUUUUCGUCUCUGCUGGAUACACGCACGCGCAUCGAGAGACGGACCGGGAGGGCCAGCGUUCGCACCCUGGGUCGGCGGGAGGUGACUGUCAGAAGAAAUGCCGGUCCCAGGUGCCUUAGUACAUCACCACCGGCACCAUGGCGACUGCUUGGCCAGUGAGAAGAGAGAGGUGCUCCCAUGGCUCCACCUUCUUUGUUAGAUGGUCCUCCUUAAUGCUCCUAUGUUUGUUGUGGGUAUUGCUGUGGCUGCCUUGGCCAACCCAAGCUGAACAAGUGGGUAGUGGGUUACAUGGUGGAAAGGCACUCCACAGUUCCUUGUCCACUUCUUCAUCAUCAUCUCCAUCAGCCUCUUCAUCCUGGGGGUUCAGCACAAGGCAGACCGGAGGACAGCUGGAUUGGUUGCUCUCAGAGAAGGGACCAUUUCAUCGAUGUCCAGAGUACACAGAGUUCAGAGAGCGGUUCCAGCAGGGGUUUUCUACCAGAUACAAGAUCUACAGAGAGUUCAGCCACUGGAAGGUGAACAGCCUUGCUACAGAAAAGAGAGAUUUCCUGAAAUCAUCGUUGCCCUUAGCGCCAGAGUUCCUACGCAACCUGCGGUUACUUGGGCGCCGGCCGACCCUGCAGCAAAUCAACGAGAACCUCAUCAAAAAGUACGGGACCCACUUCCUCAUUUCUGCUACUCUUGGAGGUGAGGAAUCUUUGACCAUUUUCCUGGACAAGCAGAAGCUGAAUAAGAAGACAGACGGCAACACCAACAGCUCUGUGGUGUCACUGGAGCUGCUCCAUCAACUCGCAGCUUCCUACUUCACAGAUCGUGAAAGCACCUUAAGGAGACUGCACCACCUCCAGAUAGCCACCUCUGCUAUCAAGGUAACAGAAACAAGGACAGGCCCUCUUGGCUGCAGUAACUACGACAGCUUGGAUUCCGUUAGCUCGGUGUUGGUGCAUAGCCCAGAAAAUAAGAUCCACCUAAAAGGCUUGCAGGAUGUCCUUCCUGAGUUCCUGCGUGGGCGUUUUGUGGAGGCAGCCCUCAGCUACGUGGCCUGUAACUCAGAGGGCGAGCUGCUGUGCCGUAACAACGACUGCUGGUGCCGAUGCUCGCCUCGCUUCCCAGAAUGCAACUGUCCCUUUGCUGACAUCAAGGUCAUGGAAGAUAACCUGGAGAAAAGCAAAGAGGCUUGGCAGAACUUCAACAAAGAAUUCAUGGAGUCAGAUGAAUUCAAAGCCUUUCUCAAGCGUUUGCCCACAGACCGCUUCUUGAAUGUGACCAUGAUCUCCAAGUUGUGGUCAGCUGACUUGUCUCUCCAGAAGCGCUACACUCAGAUGGAGACCAGCACUGCCCUGAUUCUGAGAAAAGCUCACAAGUUCGUCAGGAAGCUUUUUACUCUGAGCAAACGCUGCCCAAGACAACCACGCAUUGGUCUGCCCCGAGAGAGGCCUGCUGGGUAUUGGUUGAGCAAAGCGCAGUCUCUGCUCUACUGCAAUGAGCAUGGAGUUCCGGGCUCCUUCUCUGAGGAGGUGAGGAGCUGCAGCUGCCCUGUGGAGCAGCCCACCUGCCAGGGAGUCAUUCCCUGCAUUGUGGGAACCUCGUCAACCUCCUGCUCCUCCUGUGCAACUGAUAAUGCAACCCGAUGCGGAGCCUGUCACCAUGGCAAUGUCCUCUAUCUUGGUUCAUGCCGGCCAAGCAUCGCUGCAUCGCUGGACCACUACCUGAACUUUGACCUGGACAUGCCUGAUGCUGAGGUCAAGUACUUGCUCCAGCGUCUGGACAGCAGGAUAGAAGUCCAUGCAAUUUACAUUAGCAACGAUGUCCGUCUGGGGAGUUGGUUCAAUCCUGCCUGGAGGAAAAGAAUGUUACUGACGCUGAAAAGUAACAAAAAUAAGUCCAAUCUCAUCCACAUGCUGAUGGGCAUUUCCUUCCAGAUUUGUUCAACAAAGAAUUCCACCCUGGAGCCUGUGCCUGCAGUUUAUGUGAAUCCUUUUGGAGGGAGUCACUCAGAGAGUUGGUUCAUGCCAGUCAACCAGCCUGACUUCCCAGACUGGGAGAGAACUCGACUCGAUGCUGUUGUCAUGGCGCAGUGUUACAACUGGACGCUUUCACUGGGAAGCAAGUGGAAGUCCUUCUUUGAAACAGUGCACAUCUACCUGAGAAGCCGCAUUGUGACAGAUGACCCAACGGUGAAUGAAACACUGUUUUAUGAGCCAUUAGAUCUGGAUGACCAGACGUCCAACCUGGGGUACAUGAAGAUCAACACACUGAAAGUGUUUGGAUACAGCAUGCACUUUGACCCUGAGGGAAUCAAAGACUUAAUUCUGCAACUGGACUACCCCUACACCCAGGGCACCCAGGAUGCUGCCUUCCAGAUGCUUUUGGAGAUGAGGGACCGGGUUAACCGGCUGUCACCACCAGCCCCACAGCCAUUGGACCUGUUUUCCUGUCUGCUGCGCCAUCGGCUCAAGUUGUCAGCUGGUGAAGUGGCACGUAUCAAGGAUUCUCUGCAGAUGUUCAACUCCAAGCUUCCUAAUGCCACUCCUGAACUUGAGCUUGCUCAGUUGUGCAGCUAGCUAACUCAGCUCAGAAGUCACAUUCAGGCAUGAAUGCUUGAACAAAUGGGACAAAGUCAGACUGAGCUCAGAAAGUCCUAGUAAGUUGACGUUUUGGACCCUAAUCAUCUGGAUUUAAUGAACAUCCAACUCUGAUCUUACUGUUGGGAUUUUCUAAUGGUUCCUCUCAAGAGGUUUCACAGUAUGUGCACUGCGUCAAGUUUGUACAAAGCUUUUCUCUUAGCAGCACAGUCACGUUGGGGACGUUCAGGAGAACAAGACCUGCAAAUGUCUGCUGUCCAAGCUUGGAGAGUUAUUUUCCUGUUACUGCCCUGCUUUUUACAGAAAGUGUGUACAAACAGUAUGAUUUGACUGAGCAAAGAGGAUCUGGAAACUCAUGAAGCCAACAUCAUCAAGUAUACCUAAGAUGAAUGCCUUGCAAAUAUAGAGGUGGUUGUAAUACAUGAAGAGGAACUCUUGAGAUGAUUUUAGAAGUGUGUUAUUGGAUGAGGAUAUCCACUUUGCAGACCUUAUUUUGUUUGUGGACGAUCUCUGAGAGAGAGAGAGAAAUGGGAUAUUAUUAUAUAUACGUGGUGAAUGAAUUAUGUUAUGCUUAACAGUUUAAAAUUUGAUAAUCCUGAUACCUGUUUCCGCCUUUAAAUAUCUCUUUUGAAUCCCUGCCUUCUAUUUUAUCCGGCAUUUGAAAACUUGUACGAUUAAGUAUUUAUGCUUAACAUGGAGUGCAAAGCCUGUUAGUGAUAUUCUGUCCUUGGUGGUGUGACAAUACCAAAAGAAGGAGAGCACAUCGAACUGAAUGGCAAAAUAUCUUAAAUGUUGACAUAUUUUUGAGUUAAAUCUUAAAAAAUCUGAUGUGGUAACAAAAACGUGUGCGGAUAUGGCGCUUGUAAAUAAUGCUCCAUCUAACCCAAGGUGUCAAUAAGUGCACAUUGCUUUUUAGAUAACCAAGUGCAAAGACCAAAAAAAAAAAAAAAAGUUUUUAUCAAACUCAUGCCUUAUAUGGAGAGUCAGUGUUCAGAUAAGAAGCACAUUAUGUUUCUGUGUUUGUUUUUUCACAGCGAAGGCUGUAUUGGUUUUUAUAUUUCAAUCUUUCUACCAAGACAAGGCCGCAAACACAUUCUCAAGAACAUGUGGUAAUGUAGCUUUUAUGUGUAAAUGCCAAUCACAAUUUCUGCAGAUCUUUGUUUGGACUUGGUGUUGUGAAAUGUUUAAGUCACUAUUCAUAGUGCACACCAGUACUUUCACAUUGUAAAUGUUCUGCAAAACCCUUUUAAUGCCAAUUUGACCACUUUCUUGAAGUCAACAAAACGUGAUUAAUUUGCUUGUGGUUUUCAUAUGGUUUGGCUUUGUCUCAGGGCAAUGAAACAGGUUCUUAUUUGUUUAUUUUAAUUUUGUUUGUUUUUACAUGUGGCCCAAGGUCAGCCGUCAGUUCCCAUGGCGACUGGAGCUAUACAAGGUUUCUGCAGGGCAGUGAUGAUAAUGAAGAAUGCUGCAAAAUCACCAGGAUGAUACUUGUUAUGAUUUUACAUUUACGUCACUAAAUUCACAGGGAAAGUCAAUAACCUUAUAUGUCAGUUUUGGCAGUUCUUUCUGUGCUCAGCUUGCUUAAGUAAAAAAGUGAUUUAUCAA